AUGGCACCCACCGAGCAGAAGAUCUGGAUCGUCAACGAGAACCCGACGCACGAGGUGCAGCCGGACACGUUCCGCCUCGAGACCCGCCCCAUCCCCGAGCUCAAGGACGGCGAGGUCCUCGUCCAAGUCGAGUUCAUCUCCAACGACCCCGCCCAGCGCGGCUGGAUCCAGAAGGGCUCCGACCCCGACCGCGCCUACGUCAAGCCUGUGCGCGCCGGCGAGCCCAUGCGCGCCUCCGGCAUUGGCAAGAUCCUCGCCUCCAAGAGCUCCAAGUGGAAGGAGGGCCAGCGCGUCUACGGCUACUUUGGCUGGGCCGACUACGUUGUCGUCCCCGAGGCCGGCGUCGUCAUGGAGGCCAUCGACCUCCCCGGCGUGACUGCCGCUUCGCUCUCCAUCCUCGGCAUGGUCGCCGUCACGGCGUACCAGGGCAUCUUCGAGGUCCUCGACUGCAAGCCUGAGCACACCGUCCUCGUCUCGGGUGCUGCGGGUGCCGUCGGCUCCGCGGCCAUCCAGUACGCCAAGCACAUUGUCGGUGCUAAGCGCGUUGUCGGUAUUGCCGGCGGUGCCGAGAAGUGCAAGUGGGUCGAGAGCCUCGGUGCCGACGCCUGCGUCGACUACAAGGACCCCAACUUUGCCGCCAACCUCAAGGAGGCGCUCCAGGGCUACGCCGACCGCUACUUUGAGAACGUUGGCGGUGACGUCCUCAACGCCGCUUUCCGCCUCAUCAAGCGCUACGGCAAGAUCGGUAUCUGCGGCAUGAUUUCGGGCUACAACGGCAAGGUCAUCCCCCUCCCCAACUUCUUCGAGGUCAUCUCGAACCGCAUUACCAUCGAGGGCUUCCUCGUCCUCGACGUCGUCGACCGCUACGGCGACAUUGUCAAGAAGAUCGCCGGGUGGGCCAAGGAGGGCAAGAUCAAGCUCGACGACGCCGAGACUGUCGUGCCCACCAAGAUCGACGACAUUCCCAAGACGUGGCAGCGCCUCUUCCGUGGCGAGAACCGCGGCAAGCUCGUCACCCAGCUCGUCGCGUAA